AUGGGCGCCAAGCAGAGCGGCCCGGCCGCCGCUAACGGCCGCACCCGUGCGUACUCUGGCUCGGAUUUACCUUCCAGCAGCAGCGGAGGGGCCAAUGGGACCGGGCCGCGCCUGGUGAUCGGCUCCUUACCAGCUCACCUCUCGCCGCACUUAUUUGGAGGUUUUAAGUGCCCUGUGUGCUCAAAAUUUGUACCCUCAGAUGAAAUGGAUUUACAUCUAGUGAUGUGUUUAACAAAGCCAAGAAUAACUUAUAAUGAGGAUGUACUGAGUAAAGAUGCUGGGGAAUGUGCAAUAUGCCUAGAAGAAUUGCAGCAGGGAGAUACUAUAGCACGACUGCCCUGUCUAUGCAUAUAUCAUAAAGGCUGCAUCGAUGAAUGGUUUGAAGUAAAUAGAUCUUGCCCUGAGCACCCUUCAGAUUAAACAUCAACUUCUACUUUUUAGAUUUUCUUGACUUUUCAAGAUGCUUGAAAAACCGAGAGCAUAUGAGGAUCUGUCUCUGGAGAAACAAAAAGAAAUGCAGGCAUACUAAGUUUGAAAUCUGAGUUCUGUGAAACUCAGUAAUGCAAAGAUGGACAAUCACACGGGGGAGAAUAAUUCUGCUAAAGAGAGGACAAUAACCACAGAACUCAGUGUACCAAACAUGCAUAUAAAGGACACACAGGGAUUUUGAAAAUGCUGCACAUCCCUUAUUAGUCAUCUAUGUAGGUAAUACUGAUAAACAUUUUGUAUCCAGACGCCAAAGUUAACUGAUUUACAAGUUGAUUUACUUUUUAUUAAGUUCUCUAGAGUUGCACAACUAGUUAUGUUUUGAUUUGUUUUUUACUUUGGGGUCUCUUUGUUUUCCCCAACAAAAUGCUUCUGCAUUCAUCUAUGCUUAAACUGAAGACUAUAUAACUUCUUAUAAAGUCCUGAAUGUGAAACCAAGAAAUGUAAUCAAGCAGUAAAACAUUCUCUGAAUGUAGACCAUGAUCUCAAGUUCUUCUAUACCCCCCACCCCCGAGUGGAAAAUACUUCUACAUCAGAAAACUAAAAUGUGUUAAUAUUUUAUAAUUAAAGGCUUAACCAUUAUCAGAAUGCAGUCCAAAGAGUAAAUCAAGUUUUACAGAAUACAGUUUAAUUAAAUUUGAAAUUGUCUACUGAAUUGUAGUUUAUAAAAUAUCUUGUCUCAUCUUAAAUAAAACUGCUCAACAGAUAGUAAUGAAUCAUCUUAUAGCUAUGCAACUUUUUAAAAAAUACGAAUUACCAGUUUUGAGUGCUGCCAUCUACAGUAACUUUAUUUUAACGGGUAUUUUUGUUUGUUCCUUUCACAUAAUUAUUUUAUUGUGCUUUGCAUCUCCAGGCAAUAUUCCCGUAUUUGGGUAAAAUGUUUAGCAGGUUGUAAACUGAAUAACUUAUGAAAAGGGUGAAAUAAAAUUUUCUUGAGUGGAACUUAGAAUAACUUGAGGGACUUUUAUAUACUUUUAAAAGUCAGCAUUUAAUUGGGAUGCUAGAUUUAUAGCAAUUUGCAUCUUUAGUUUUCCAGAUAAUCUGGAGAUUAGUGUUUGAUAAAUGAUUUUUUAAAGCAAAUAUGAAGAUUUUGUUAAUUUAUAAUUUAUUAAUGUGUUAUUACUGUAAUUGAAAAUGUUAUAGAGACUUUUAAAUUCAGUCUUAUGUGAAAAGAAAUGUAUUAAGUAAAACUAUGUGAAUAAAUAUUCCCACAAACUACACCUGAAUGGUUAAAAAAUACUGGAAGAGAGCUAUCAGGGCUAUACUAGUGAAUGUCUUUUUUUAUUUUAAAUAUCAAGAUUACCAGUAAGUAAAUUUUGUGUUUUCAACAUAGGGAAAAUGUUAUUAGUGAACAGUGCACUUUACUCGGUAUAGCUGAAAGUUGCACAGUGCUCUUUUCUUGUUUUAAACUUUCUUUAAUGUAUUUAAGUAGUUGCUUUUCUAUUUAAUGCUGCUACUCUUAUCCUUCUCAAAUCAGAGUCCUCCCCGCCUUACUCUAUUGCUGUUUCAUUAUUAUUUUUUUUAAAGGGCAUGUCCAAGAGCAUCUGCUGCUACCCAGAAAGUCUGUGUAUUAUAAACAAUUAAAGUAAUUUUUAAUUGUUUUUUUGUGUGAGUGUACCAGAUAACAUUUUCCCUAAAGUUAUGCUGUGAAAUGCCUUUUGUUAUGCUGCAAUUGAUAAAAGAAUCCAAAACCUCCGUUGUAACAGCUGACAGCACAGUUACAUAGGUGCUUUUUAACCAGUAUGGAAAAUAUUCUUCCCUCAACAAAAAUAUUCUUUGCAUAAUUUUUUUUCUGUUAUCAUGAAAUCUUAAUAUGACUCCAUUUUAUUUCACACUUUCAGUUUUGUAAGCUGUCACCAUAAACACAUGUACGCACGCACACAUACACACACAAAUGUUCUAGAAUGUGAAUAAUUCUUUUGUUUUCUACAACUGGUAUAUUGCUAUGAUAAAAAUUAUUUUGUUGUCUUCCAUUCUAAAAGGAAGAAAUUUACAAUAGAUAUGGUAGUUAACUGUUUAUAUUCCACAAGUUAAUUUUCUGAAAUAAUUUACUUACUGACUUUUAAAAAUGCAUUAGCUUAAUUUGACUUUUUCUUCAUGCUGUAUUAUGCUCUCACAGUCUUACUUUCUAUAUGUCAUAAGGUUCUGUGCUGCAGCUACCACAGUAGAAGCUCCUGUGGUUUAAGAGUAAGUUCAGUGUCAGUGUUCAGUGCUACUUGAUUACUAGAUUUACUAGAACAGUGUUUACCUAAAUCUGUUUAUAGGAGUCCCUUUUUGUUAAAAUUUUAAAAUGCUAGCAUUUUUUUUACUUAAACUUUAGUAUCCAUCAGUGACUUCCUCAAAAGAAUAAUCUAGAAAUUGAAAAGAAAAUCUUUUUAAUGCUCCAGUUUUUAUUCAGAGUUAUUAUUCUGGAAAAUAUUAUAAGUAAUAUUCCACAUGAUGUCACUUAUAAUAUUUGUAAAUGUGCAGACACUGAACAGGUUAAGUAGGAUAUAGGUCACAUUAGAUAUUUAAACGCAUAGAUGAAAGUACUGACAACUAAAUAUUAUGGAGAUGAAGUGGUUAAGUGGUUAUGAAAGUCUAGGUUAUCAAGUUGCUUAUAACUUUUUAGGAUUUUUGUAAAUACUUGUUUCCAAAUAAUAACACAUGCACCUGCAGAAAGCAAUAUGUUGUGAAAUUUUUCACUUCAGUGCCACUCUUUCUUUAGACUGGAUUUAUUGCCAAUUUUGACUCCUCAUUUUAGUUUGAUAUCUAGUUUUUGUUGGUUUUUUUGAUUGCCAGAAUGUGUGAUAACUAAAAUUUAUUCAGUCUUACCUGAUACUUUGCCAGAGAAAUAAACUAGGCUUAGUCUUAAUCUGUGUUUUUCUGUUCUGGUUAUAAAUCAGAUACAGAUUGUAUUUAAGCAGUGAUUAUGAUUAAAUAUAAAUAAUGGUUUAUAACAUAUUUUGUGAUAGGCAAAAAAUUAUUUUAGAAGUUGUUAUUAAUUGUUGCAUAGGUUUUGGUUUCUUAGUACACAUCUUAUAUUUCUUUUGAAUGUUAAAUAGUUAUUUUAAUUUUUACCCUAUAAAAGCUUUAUUACAUUGUAGCUCCAAAUUGCCUGUAGAGCACCCUCAACAUAUUUGCAGUAUGUAUUUCAAAAAGAUUCCUGUGUUUGAGAGAUAAUAAAAGUGACAGAUUCUUUUCCAAACUUUAUUUUACUUUCUAAAUUUGGGUAUAGUUUUAAAACAGUCAUUUAAAUUACUAUAUUGUAGCAUGGCAUAGGGGCAUUUCUUUAAUUGAGAGAGAUUGAAUUCAAUGUAAAUAUACAUACUUUUAUUUAUUAAUUUGGGAGAGUUGAAGUAGGGAAAUUUCUUUAUAGUAAGCCACAUUUGAAUAAAGCAUGAAACUUCUUAAAACACAGGAAUAAUUGAAUUUACCAUCUACUGAACAUCCACAUUAUAUAUUGAUAAUACUAAAUCAUCUUACUCUUUCACAGAGGAAGUUUCUAUAUAAAUUAGAUGAUCAGAAUCUAUAAAAUUAGGAAUGCUGCUUAUUAAAUAUGGGUACAGUUUAUUAGUUGCAGUAUGUCUUUAGGUCAUUUUCUUGCAAUUUUGAUUUAUCCCACAGUGAAUUCAGUACUUAUGGACAAUGGGUAUAUAAAUAUGAAGUGUUCCUUGUUCUUGUAUAGAGCCUCUCUAAGGUUUAAAAAAAAAAAAAAUUGAGCAUGCCAAUAUUUUCUCUUUGGCCCAGUCAUGUUUUUAUCUGAAGUAACUUCUGAUUUUUUCCUUUGCUAUAUUGUGAAUAACAGUAGUUAACCUAUUUUACUGUCUACUUUUCUAGCUAGAAAGAAAACUUCUGCUUGGUUUUCUUUAGAAGAAAUUGCUACUUUAUAUACUUGUAGUGAUUCUUAUUCAGGAUCAACAGGUAAAAUUUUUUUUGAUAAUAAGUUACCCAAACAGUACUUUUUAGUACCAUAUUCUGUGAAUGCUAUGCUGAAACUAGGAAGCUCUUCAUUUUAAAUCACAGAAUUCCUGCACUGAAUGGGAAAUAUCAAAUCUUUUAAGUAAGCUGGUUCUCUUGGGAAGGAAAAGGCAUUGAUGAAGACCAAGUAUCAAUAAGUUAAUAUGCUAGCUGUAAAUGCAACUAAAGGGGAUUUGAUAUAUUUUCAAGUAUUUAAGCCUUAUUAAUUUUAGACCAAUAAAUAGCUAAUAGUAAGAUUGUUGGAUGAUUGUUUAUAGAGAGGCAAAGAGCAGAUAGGGCAUAAACUUUCACAUCUCAGAAAUAAAUG